UGUCAAUAUUUUGUCAACCAAAUGAAACGGAGUAUUUUUCUAUCAAUAAAUUAUUGUAAUUUCUCUCAACAAUGCCUGAAAAAGAUCAGAAGUUGGUACGUCAUAAAGAAGCUCAGCGGAGACGUGCAUAUAGAAACCAAAAUCCAACCUUAGAGCUGUGUCAAGAAAAAGUAAAAUUGGAUGAUAAUGUUUGGGGAGAUCAAACGACCAAUAAAUUGGAACGAGUAAUAAGCAACAAUACAAUACAAGAACAAAAGCGUCGCAAGAUAAAAGAGAAAUCCAUUCAAAUUAAUUGUAUAGAGAAAAACGAUGAAGGAUUAUUGCAUAAAGUAAAAAUGUUUUUUAAAAGAGAAAAACCUGUAAAUGAUACAAAUCAAAAAUUAAUUGAAAAGAAUGAAGACAAAGAUGCUAAAAACCAGAAGCAUCAUAGUAAAAAAAACUCUAAGAAAGUCAACUUAAAAAAUAAAUCUCUAGAGUUAGGACCAAUAAACGGCGAAAUUCAAAAAGUAAUAAUGCCUAAUAAAAAUGACAAAAAUUGCUUAGUAGUAAAGGAUUUGUAUCGGAGGAAAAAAACAGAAAAUGACCCAGAACAAGAACAUAAAUCAAAUCCUGCAAGGAAAAAGACAAAAAAUAUCUCAGAAGGCAUGGGGCCCAACGAACAAUACUUACCUUUGAUAAAAUCUACUUGCAGUGAGCACAAUACAAAGAUUACCAACCCCAAAAAUAACCAAGGUCUAAUAAUAAAUGAACUAACAAUAGAAUCUAUCAAAACUAAACUCGAAGAAAAAAUAAAACACGAACUUCAAGAUGAAUUGAAACAUUUUUCUUGUCGCCUUGAGAGUAUUUUCAAUGAGAAAUUUGAGUUGUUUCUACACGGUUACGAGCAGCAACGGGAGAAAAGACGGAAGGAAAAAAAAGAACGAGCAAAAACAAGCAAUAAUGAAGAUUGCAAAAAUCCCAAAGAGAAAAUUAUUAUUGAUGUUUUACAAUGGCUGAUGAAUGGAAACAAUUUCAAUACAAAUUUCUCAUCAGCACAGCAAGACUCAACAAGUGUAACUGAUUCAGGAAAAUUAUUAGAAAAUAAAUCAAAUGCCUUGCCUAUUAGAAAUCUACCUCAACAUGUUGCCAAAAGCUCUUUUGUUAAAGAAGAAUUUAAGAAGCUACGAAGACAGUUAAAGCGCGAGACAGUUCCUCUAGUGAAUAUAAUUUCUGAAAUAACCAAUGCUAGUCAAAUACAAAACCCUAAAGAAAAGCGAAACAACUUUUCUGCUAAAGCAAGACAUAAAGAUAAUCAAGAACUCAUUAUUUCUCCUCCAGAAAAAUUCAGAAAUGCUCAAAGACAAUUGAAUUACGAAACAGUACCAAUAAUAAAUAUUUUUCCUGGAACUGCCAAUUCAAUUCAAACUGAAUAUGAUGGAGAAAGACAAAGAAGUUCUUCUGCGAAAGGAAAGAAUGUUUCUAAGCCAAAACACGAACUUAUUAUUUCGCCUCCAGAAAGAUUCAAAAAUCAGCAAAGGCAAAUGAAUGUCAAUACAGUGCCAAUUAUAAAUAUUCUUCCACAGACCAAAGAAAAUCAAAAAAACUCCUGUGCUACAAAACAUGAAGAUAAUAAAAACAUUAUCAUUGUGCUUCCAGUACAAUUCAAAAAUUCACAAUUAAACUCAUCUAUGAUCAGCAUUCUCCCAGAAACUAUCAAUACGAUUGAAGCUAGGAAUCGUAAAGCGAAAGAACAAAGCUCUACUUCUGAAAGGAAAAAUAUGUUGCCAAGACACAUUAUGCCUCCAAUAAUGUCCAACAGAAAACCACCAAACAACAGAUUGAAACUUGAUACCCUAUCAGUAUUCGCAAUAUAUCCCAAACCACUAAAAACAACUCAAACUCAAACCAGCUACAAGUGUUUGGUAGAGAAACGGAAAACAUCCAAACGUUUUCGCUCGUAUUAUCAAUAUCAUUUGGCAAGAGAUUCUCGUGAAAAAACUAUUGAUUUUAGUAAAAUCGUAAGCGAUAGGAAUAUGAUUGGUUCUUCAUUAGAAGAAGAGCAACCAGAGGUAGAGAAAAUUUAUUCUGGGCCCCAAAAAUUUUCAGUGUCUGAAGAUUCUAAUCAUUCGAGAAAUAUUGGUGAAGGACCGUUAACAUCUCAUGAAUCUGUCGCAGGAUCUUCUUAUGGUCGAUUAAUGACUAGUUUGGAUAACGGGAAAGUUUCAAAUUUCAAACGUCGGAGAAAUGUUCGUGAUGGAAAUGGGAAAUGCAUCAGCCUUCAUAAGAAUAUACCGCAAACCAAUUCAAAAAAUUACGUCGUAGCAUCAAAAUAUGAAAACCAAUAUGAAACAAACAAGCGAAUAUUUCUAAACAAUGCAAAAGUCUUCAAGCGUUCUGAGGCAAAACCAAAAAAAAGCUACCUUCAAGAGACUUUUACGAGGUUGCCAUCGGUUGACACCAUUGAAGCGUCCGUUGGUUCGGCAAUUUUAAUUGAAGACGACUUUUUUAACAUUACUAGUUUGUACGAAAAUGUUGAAAAUUUGGAAGAGGAUGUUGAGGGAAACCUCAAGGGACCUGUAGUAACUGUAGAUGCUGCUAUUGGAUCCAAAACCCUUGACAUGAGCCAGGAAAAAGAAUAUCGGGAAAUGUCAGUUGGCUCCAAGCAACUAUUUAAAAGCAAAACACCUCAACCACAUAAGUCAACACCCGUUACGCCAACAGGAUUCAGGAGAAAUGCCGUUUGCAGCAACAUGGCUUCAAUAAAUAAAUCAAAAAUACCCAUUCAACAGGUUAAACCCGAUAGAUUUACGAAAAAUGCUUUUGUUCGGCCAUCAGCAGAUAUAACCAGAAUAAGGCAAACAACGACCAGCCUACGUAGAGCGGCAAGAGCUAGGCCUACAAUCAUCCCUAAAAAGGAACCAUGUUAUUAUCGUUUAAAGCCGCAAACACCUCGAGCAAAACCACCUACUUGCAAGUCAAGACUUGAAACUUCAGCGCCUAUUCACGAAUCACCAAGAAUUGAUAAUGUUAGUGAAAUACGUGAAAGUCAUGUUAAAUUUGAAGCUGUAAACCUUCAAACACCAAGAACAAAACCACCAAGACCUGAAAGUCCAGCACCUAUUCAGGAAUCACCUAGAAUCGAAGAAGAAACAUCUAAUACUCAGGUGGAUUUUGAAGCCACUGAACCUAUCAAGCUUCGAACACCAAGAAAAAAAUCAUCUUCUUCCUUGUCAACGACUAAAAGUCCACAACAGAAAUCGCCAAGAAAUGAAAUUUUAAUGGAAAAAUUUAGAAAUUUUCCUCAAACGAGAGUGAAAAGUAGAGCUGCGUUCCGACAUGUCACCAGAAACGAUCCUGCCAUUGAUGAAGUGAGCACGUACGAGAAACGCAAACGGUACGAUCGUGGAUUACGCAAAAUGAUAAAAAACCAUAAAAACAAGAAGUCUAUUAAAAUUAGCCGGGAGCCUGUGAAAACCCAGAAAAGCCAAAAGUACAAUAAAUCAAAGCCAUGCGAAGUCAGAGCUGUUUUACAUGAAACUGUAGAGUGUGUCGAUUCUUGUUUGAUUCAAAUGAAUGGUAGUGGUACACUAUCAUCAGACAAGACAAUGAAAUUAGCCGUUUUGCUUCAACAACUUCCUGUUCCUGUUAUAAGCAAUAUUUUCAACGACAAUCUUUCACGUUUUCGUCCAAAUUAUCUUACAUUCAAAAAUUCGGUGGAAUUUUUAUAUAGUUCAAGUAAAUAUAGUUCAUCUUCAAAAGAUAUAUGUUCUGAUGAUGACGAUAACCAGAAUAUUCUGAAUAAUGUUAGAGUGUAUGUUGCAUCAUUUAGCUGUCCAAGUUUAUUAGAAAAAUCAUCAACUUUUGAGUAUCUCUAUGAAGCACCAACGCCAAUUUCAUCAACUUCAAUGACAGGUAAUAUUAUCUACUUCUAAAUUUAAGAUGAUAAAUACUUAAUUGACGUUUAGGUAUAGAGUUGUUGUAAUAGAGAAGAGAAUUUCAGGAUAUAAUUCUGUUGUGAUCUGAACAUUAUUUUUGUCAAAAUAAAUCUGGUAAAGAUCUUGA